AGUAACGGUACGCAACGUCAAUUAGUGACCAACAAAGAUGGCAGCCUCCACGGCAGCAUUUGAAAGCUGGUUAACUGAAAAACUACUCUCCUUGAAUCCUGACACAGAUACAGAUGUUUUUGUAUCGUAUAUCACUGGUAUUCUAGAUGAAGAUAGCUCUAGCGAUGAAAAGAAGGAAUCUAUUACCGAGUUAAUUGGACAAGUUGUGGAGGAUGGUCAACAGAAUGCUUGUGAUGAAAUAUGUGAUAAAUGGGAAGAAAUCCAUGGAUCUAAAUCACAGGAAAAUGAAAAAGGUCAUUCGGCUGAGCUGACGGAUCAUUUAGCUGUUAUACUAGAGAAACAGAAGAUCGAGACUGUGAAAACACGAGAGAAGACGGCGGAGGAGGUUGCCAGAAAGGCGGCGAUUUUAGCACAGUAUGCUCACGUUUCCAGUGGGGAGGAAGAUGAUGCUGACGAUCAAGAUGGAGAUAACUCUGUACAAGAUAGUGACUUACUUAAUUUUAAGAAUGUAAAUGCAGAGUCUGUUAAGAAAACUGAGCUUGAGAUGCGAGAAAAAUCUAGACUGGAAGCAGAAAAGAAAAGGGAAAAGGAUAAACAGGAUAGAGAGACGCAAAAAGAAAAACAAAAAGAAAGAAAAGAGGGUGAGAAAAAACGUACACAGAAAGGGGAGAGAAGAAGAUGAUGUCAGUGAUGUGUAGUAAAGGCUUGUAGUUUAUUGUUACCUGUUUGUAAACACAAGAUUCUGUGAACAAAAUUCAUUAUGAUUGGUCUUUAAACAUAAUAUCUUUGACUACAAUUUUGAUAAUUGUGUUUUGGACACAUACUGCCAUGUUUGUAAGCAUUUUAAGCUGAACUUGUUAGCUCGACUAUUAUAUAUAAAUAUACUGUAUUGUGAGUUAUCCUACUCAACCAGGUGUUGGCAUCUGCCUCAUGCUUUAGGUUAGGUUUUUUCUUCCUACCUCACUUGUUUUCUAUGUCUUUGAGGUAUUGGUUUGAAGCAUAGAAUAUUUGUUAGUAACCAUCAUCUCAACUUUAUACAAGAUGACAUUUUGAAAAUAUGGUGACCCUUAUUAGUCCCCUACCGGUUUAACCGGAGGGGACUUUAGGUUUACCCUCCGUCCGUCUGUCUGUCCGUCAGUCCGUCUGUCCACAAAACUGGAUCCCGCGAUAACGUAAUAAGUACUGAAAAUAUUUUUAUGAAACUUGAUAUAUGGAUAGAUGGCAGUAUGGAGAUUAUGCACGUCUUUUUUUUUCUUCCUAUGUUGAAAAUUCUGGUUGCUAUGGCAACAAAUAGUCUGAAAAUAUGGCAAAUUUAACACAUAAACUGGAUCCAGUGAUAACUCAAAAAGUACUGAAAAUAUUUUUAUGAAACUUGAAAUAUGGGUAGAUUGGCAGUCUGGAGAUUAUGCACAUCUUU